AUGAGUUUCAAUAUGAAUAAAAAUGCAUGGCUGUUAAUUGAAAGAAGUGAAGUUUUGAAUGCAUCAUAUGACAAGGAUCGUAUUGCGUCUAUUCUAAAAUUAAGUUUUGAUCACUUGCCUUCGUACUUGAAAUCAUGUUUUGCAUAUUGUUCAGUUUUCCCAAAAGAUUCUGUGAUUGGAAAAGAAAACUUAAUUCAGCUUUGGAUGGCUGAAGGUCUUCUUAGGCCAUCUAAUGAAGUUGAGGGCGACAAGUAUUUUAAUGCUUUAAUUCAGAAUUCAUUUUUUCAAGAUGUGGUAAGGGAUAGACAUCAGAAUGCUUUAUGGUGCAAAAUGCAUGAUCUUGCAUUGUCUUUUCUAAAGUCUGAAAUACCGACUUUAGAAAAUUGUUCAACCAUGGAUGAUAUAUCAUCCGCCCAUCAUUUUUAUGUAGAUCAUCGAAAUGCAGCAACCGUGAGACUCAAAGAAGAAGCUAAGAAGUCAAAUCUGCUUAAGAAACCAAAAAUAAAACAACAGCGAUUUAAAUGGAGUGAUGGAAGAGAAAUCAACAGAAAUGAUGAGGAAGUGUUGGAAGGUCUUGAGCCUCACCCAAACAUAGAGAGAUUAUCCAUACAAUAUUAUUUGGGUAGAAAAAUCCCGUCUUGGCUGUUAAUGAAGAAAGUUUCAAGUCAUGCUGAUUCUUUCACAAUGUUGGAUAAUUUAGAGCAAUUUAGAUUGUCCAACUGUAAGUGGUGUGAAGAACUCCCAAAACUUGGGCAUCUUCCUCGUCUUCAAGAACUUUUCAUCCAUGGAAUGGAUAAGAUCAAAAGCAUACGGAAUGAAUUCUAUGGCAUUGAUGAUGGAAGCACGAGCAAUGAAGUGAGACUGUUUCCAGCAUUAAAGACUUUGUAUUUAAGUUCGAUGAAGAGUUUAGCUGAAUGGAAGAAAGUACAAGUAAAUGAAGGAAGCGAAACAACAGUAUUUUCUUGCCUUGAAGAAUUGACAAUAGAAGAAUGUCCUCUGUUGAAAAAAAGUUCAUUAAGUGAUAGUUCAUCGCUUGUAUUACUGGAAAUCAAUGACGGAAGCAUUGCCAGAGUGGUUGGGUAA